GAGCGCGCGCGCAGCACGCUCUGGGAGGGGAUGGCGGCGGUGCCGGCGGCCGCGGCUGCGGGGAGCGGGACGCCCAGGGAGGAGGAGGCUCCCGGGGGGGAGGCAGCAGCCCCUCAGGCCCAAGCCCCGACGAGCGCACCCGGGGGCGCUCGCCUCUCGAGGCUGCCUCUGGCGAGAGUUAAGGCCUUGGUGAAGGCGGACCCUGACGUGACGCUGGCGGGACAGGAAGCCAUCUUUAUCCUGGCGCGAGCGGCGGAACUGUUUGUGGAGACUAUUGCAAAAGAUGCCUACUGCUGUGCCCAACAGGGAAAGAGGAAAACCCUCCAGAGGAGAGAUUUGGAUAAUGCGAUAGAAGCUGUGGAUGAAUUUGCUUUUCUAGAAGGCACUCUGGAUUGAUAGGCUGGAGCUGGAUGAUUCUGUGAGCGUUUGCUGCAUCCCUGAGCUUCCCCUGUGCAAGCCUCAGCUUUGGAGAGAGUCUGCGCGUGCGCACCAUCUUGUCUACUUUUACCCAAGCUGGAAGAAGCAGAGAAAUGUCUGAUAACACUCAUCACAAAGUCUUCCAUUCCUUGAGUCUGUGAGUCUGUCUUCCGGUUCCGGCCUUGAGGGCCUGGAUGUAGCCCCUGCUGCUUGGCAGAGGUGAAAGGACUGUUCUGCAUGGGCGGCCUAAUGAGCAAGGAAGACCAGAAUAAAGGUCUUGCUCAGCUUCUUUCCUGCUUUUUAUGGCCUCACCCUUGCUCCUGCCCUGUGACUGGGGAACCAUGUGUCAGGCACAGACCUUCAUCUUCCUGCCCACCAUCCUGAGUCAGUCUUUUUGUUAACUGUGUCCUUUCUCAGCAUGUCAUUGGAAGGCAGGCCUAUAAUUUAUGGGAUGCCACUUCUUCUUAGCAGUUAGAUUGGUUUGGUCCUAACAGUUUUAUUGAAGUAUAAUUCAUGUGUCAUAUACAAUUCAAACUGUAAAGUUCAGUGGGGUUUUUUUUUUUUUUGAAUAUUCAUAGGUAUGUAGAGUGAGAUUUGAACAUUUUCCUGUGAACAGAUUCACAUGAGUCUUGUGUAUAACAAUUUAGAUAAUGUUAUUUAAGUUUUAUCUAUGCUAUGGUGUGUUUAUGUACCCCUUCCAGGACAUUAUGAAAUAUGCAUAAUAUAAAGUUUCCAUUUUAACUGCU